AUGGAUUGUCACGCUAGCGAGCUCAGUAUGAGCAGACAAGGCGGCAAGGAUGAGGGUCAUUAUGCUUCCCCGACAGCCGACGGCCAAGAGGCGGACAUACAAAAUCCGACAGGCGAAGAAGAAAGACCAUCUCCACGCUCGAUUAUGGGAAGUGUUGAAUCAAGCAUUGCCCUGGGGCAUGAACCUGAACCAGCAACUUAUUCCAAGAGCAGUGGCGGCAAUCGAGCCCAGGCCAUGGAACCACAAGACACCGGGAUGUGUCAUGAAGGAGGUAGCAUUCGACAUGGAAAACAUGUACAAGAGUAUCCAGUUCCCCUGCAAAGCAAUAUGGCUGGCGCAGAGACUUACGACUGGCCACCCUUCGUCAUGGUCUCGAGCUCAGAAUGCAUCAAACUCGCGACCGAUAAUAGGUAUCACUUAAUGCGCAUCCGCCAACUCCAGGAAGAUAUCCGAAAGGAAAAGGCUCGAGCGAGGCAGCUGGAAGACGACAUAAGAGAUCAGGAGCAUGUGAUAGCAGCGGUUCACUCCAACGCCAUUGGCGCUUUGAGCAGCAAAGUGUCCAGCAGUCUCCCUGACGACAAGAUUCGACGAGAGCUCAACCAUCUAUUUGACGGCAUGGCUCGCGACUGGUGCCUCGAUUUUCACGCAACCGACAAAGUAGACGAAUCUCGUGCAGCUGAUGUUCUUAUGUCAAAUAACAUCUUGGCUAAUGAUCCUGACCUCCCGCCUCAUCUCAAAAUCAACAUGAAGGAUGAAACAGCCGCCCCGGUGCUCCUCCAAGCCGCGCUUGCGAAGACUCUCUGCGACCUCUUUUUAACAGAGCCCUUUUUCCUCCAAAGCUGGCUGCCUAGAGCCUCUGAUAUGGUAUUCGAGGGACUCAACCCAGAAGUGAUGACAACUUGGCGAGUCCGGACAGUCGAAUUCUUGGAGGCCGCUUUUCCACCAUCAAGACAGUUCUUUGAAGAGCGGGCUGAAGACUUCGUGAGACAAUAUGCAUGUCUCCUGCAACAAGUUAAUCAGGAUGCUUUGUCAGAGUUAACAGAGCUGAUGGAGCAGUUUGGCAAGCUGGCCAUCCAGUUGUGGAAGCGCCAUGUUCUCAUCAGCGUCGAGGGUCUGGAACACCAGGGCCUAAAACACUUCCGUUCAGCAAAUGCAGACAUGCAGGCUGAGGAUAGUGUCUUGCGCGGGGUAAGAGGGUCGCGUCUGGAUGGGAGGCCUGUUCAGAUCAUGGUCAGGCCGCGAAUUGUGUCGGAGCCUGUCCAUCCGGAUGGUCAGCUUGCAGACAAGGUGGUGUGGUCCAAGGCGGUUGUGUGGGUUUCAAGCGCUUAA